UGUUGGAAUCCUUGUCUUUAAGACAGUUGGACUUACUAAAUACUACACAACAUCGAAUGGCUUAGUGCUUGGUUACCCGACUUUUUAAACCCAUAUCUAGUUUGUUGUUAUUCAGUUUUGAGCUGCUAUUUAUCCCAGAGUUUUAAAACAAAUCGAUACACAAGUGUGUGAUUAAGAUUUCAUGCACACGAAUAGAACCGAUGCCAGCCUGAAUGACGAUUUAAAACCCCCACACCUCAUGGAUACCCUGAGUGAAAGUCUUCAGCUGUGUAGCCAACAGUUGCAGCAGUUAAAAAUUAAACAACGAAGCCUCGCCGAGGAUGAGCCGAUGGAUGUGGAUGAGGACGAUGAGCAAGCCACUAUGGAGGAGCUGCAGAUCCGCCCCCACCUGCUGUUUGUCCACUCGUACAAGUCCCCACACUUCUGCGACUUCUGUGGGGAGAUGCUCUUUGGACUGGUCAAACAGGGACUCAAGUGUGAUGGAUGUGGACUAAACUUCCACAAACGCUGUGCUUACAAGAUCCCCAACAACUGUGCACACGACAGGUUCAGGCGCUACUCCUCCUCCAGUGUGUCCUUCACCUUGCCACUCAAGGCCGACACCAGUUUGUCCAGCUGUGACAAUCAAGUACAGACGUUGUUGAGUGUCCCAUCCCCUGGGCCAACACCCCCCUCACCCAGCAGUGGACGCUCCAAGUCAUGGACAGGCAGACCUAUCUGGCUGGAGCGAGAGUACGCCAGCCGCAUCAAGGUGCCGCAUACCUUUGUUGUCCACAACUACACACGACCCACCCAGUGCCAGUACUGCAAGAAACUCCUGCGAGGCAUUAUACGCCAGGGGAUGCAAUGCAAAGACUGCAAGUUUAACACACACAGGAGGUGCGCGCCACUGGUACCCAAUGACUGCGCUGGUGAACUUCCCUAUGAUGGUGUAGAAGCACUAUCAGAAUCUAUUGACCACGCAGAUCAAGACGACACCUUCCCUGACAACAUGGAGGGACAGGAUGACGGCACCCCGUCAGUGACAGAUGAUGAUGACUCUGAGGAUGUCGAGCCUAAACCACCUCUCAGUCCCAUAGACAGCAGCAACAUUCCAUUGAUGAGAGUUGUCCAGUCAGUGAAACACACCAAGAGAGCAGGUUCCAGGAUACUGAAGGAAGGCUGGAUGGUCCACUGUACUGACAAGGAUAAAAUGAGAAAAAGACAUUUCUGGCGACUGGAUCCAAAGUCCAUCUAUUUAUUUAUAGAUGAGAAAUCAACAAGGUAUUAUAAGAAAAUAGAUUUAAACAGUAUUACGGGUGUUGAAUCAGCCAAAGCCCCCAAAGGCCAGGACUACUCCAGGUUUCCUCAUGUGUUUGAGUUCUCCACGGAUUCUAUGACGUACUAUGUGGGGGAGGACCCCACCUACGGCCAGGAAUCAAACAUCGUUGUUUCCCCUGAGAGUGGGGUGGGGCUGGAGCAGGCGCGCCACUGGGAGCACGCCAUCCGCCAGGCGUUGAUGCCUGUCACUCCACAGCCCAGUGUUGCUAAUCUCCCUGCAGACAGUAAUGGCAAUGAUGAGAACCAAAAACCUGGACAGGCUGAAAUCAGCCACCUGUACCAGAUAAUUCCAGAGGAUGUUUUAGGUUCUGGCCAGUUUGGAAUUGUCUAUGGAGGUCGGCAUAAGAAAACAAAUCGUGAAGUUGCGAUUAAAGUGAUUGACAAAAUGAGAUUCCCCACCAAACAAGAGGCUCAGCUAAAAAUAGAAGUGGAGAUUUUAAAGAACUUACAUCACCCAGGUGUGGUCAACUUGGAGCAGAUGUUUGAAACUAACGAGAGGAUAUUUGUUGUGAUGGAGAAGUUAAAAGGUGAUAUGUUAGAAAUGAUUUUAUCUAGUCCGAAAGGUCGUCUCAGUGAGAGGGUCACUAAAUUCCUUAUAUCCCAGAUCCUGAUUGCCUUAAAACAUUUGCAUUCCAAGUGUAUUGUCCACUGUGACCUCAAACCAGAGAAUGUUCUACUCUCUUCCGAGACUGCAUUUCCUCAGGUGAAACUCUGUGACUUUGGCUUUGCUAGAAUCAUUGGAGAAAAAUCAUUCCGUCGCUCUGUAGUUGGAACCCCUGCAUAUCUAGCUCCUGAGGUGUUAAAAAGAAAAGGCUACAACCGGUCCUUAGACAUGUGGUCAGUUGGUGUUGUAGUUUAUGUCAGCCUUAGUGGAACAUUCCCUUUUAAUGAAGACGAAGAGAUAUCAGACCAAAUUCAGAACGCAUCUUUCAUGUAUCCCCCCAACCCAUGGAAGGACAUAUCACAGGAAGGCAUUGAUUUAAUCUCCAACCUUUUACAAGUUAAGAUGCGCAAGAGGUUUACAGUUGAUAAGUCCUUGAACCAUGUAUUUCUGCAGGACUACCAAACCUGGUGUGACCUGCGUAUCUUGGAGAGACAGGUAGGCAUCAGGUACCUCACCCAUGAGUCUGACGAUGAAAGGUGGGAGAAAUACCGCCAGGAGAGGAACCUAAAAACCUGGGAUGAGAUUGGUCAGAAAGGCUUACCUGAAGAUGAUUACCGCAAUAGUCUACGUGGUUUUCUUGCGCAGAAUGAUUUUGAUUCCGUUUUUUAUGAAUAAUUCAUACUAUUUUUAUUUAAAACUUGCUUUUAAAACAGGCUAAAAGAUAUUUUUUCUAGAAAGUAGAAAUAUUUUACGGUGUGAUCUCAAUCUUAGAAUUUAUUAGAAGACAAUUUAGCACUUCCUGGAUAUUUGCAUUAGCUACAACAAGCAUCAAUAUGCUAGAAAUUCAGAAAAAUGUUUCACAAUUUGUUGUUAAUUUGAUAUUUUUGUUGACUGAUUCCAUUAGGAAUCUCAUUGAUUGAUGUAUAAAACUGUUACAUAAUUUGAUUGCACAGACAAUUUGUAUGAUAGUAUGGUUUUCUAAUGUUGUAAAUCUGAGAUUGUUGUGUUUUCUUUGUUUUGCUUUAGCAUUUUUAACUGCUCUGUACUGCUUUUAAUUUAGCUGGUUGUUUUUGUGGGAAAUAUUUGUGAAAUGGUUCAAAUAAAACCUAAAUGUAUCUUAACUAAUACCAUAGCUUUAUAGAUCACAUAGCUAGAUAUAUUGGAACCCCAUUUGAAAUGUUCAGAAUUAUUUUCCUUUGUUAUUUUCCUUUGUCUCAACUUGCACUGCUUUGUUGAUAGCUGUUGUCUCAUAGUUUUUGUUAUGUUUGUUUUAUUUGGUCUUCUCAAACAUUCCAUUGCUUUGUAAAACAUUAAUACAUUUUGUGGUCACUUUAAAAAUUCAACAUUUGUUAUCUGGAAUAGUAUUUUAUAACAUGUAUUUAUUUUAGAAUUUUAAAAAAAACUAAUGUUAGUAUUUGAAGGUUUUUAAAAACUUUAAUCGGUUUAAUAUUAGAAUUAAAGUGUGUCAUGUUUUUUUUUAGUAUAUAGAUAAGGUCUGUACUGUUAAGUUUUGAUUAUGUAGUUCUUGCAAAAGUUUUAAAAAAAAAGAAUUGAAAUUGUAUGUAGAAACUGAAGCAUUUGCAUUUUGUUAGGGUAAACAUUUAAUACUAAAUAUAUCAUAGCUAUCUAAAUCAAAACAAUUACAUUAGACUAUUCAGGUGUUGAUUUAAAACUUUGUUAAAUUUCAACUUGUUGAACAAAUACUUAAUAAAUCAACAUACAUAUUUGAUUAAAUAAUUAGUUAUUUUUUUAAGAUUGCAUUUUUCUAUUGUGCAAAUUAUGUUAGUAAUAUGUUAGAUUUUUAGAAUAAAUUUACUAGACAUCUUUUCAUGUUAUAAUUGUAUGAGACUAUUAUUUGUUUACCUAUAUUUCUGCGAUGUAGUAUAAUCUGUUUUGAGUACCUCUGCUUAUAUUUUUUCAACAAUUGCUUGUGCACAUUUCUUUAUUGCGUUAAAUCAGUUUAAUUAUCAUGAAAUCUCCAGUAGGAACUCUUCUGUCUUUGAAUCAAAAUCAUUUUUUUUAAUUAAUUAAUAAAGUUGUUCUAUUGUUUUCAUUUGACUAUUUUUGUGUGCCAUGCAUAAUGUUAGUAUCAGCUGGUUUUGUCUGUUUGAGAUAGCCAGGCCAGUGUCACAAGGAUGUAUAGUGCAAAUUGGUUUUUAAUGCUAAAGUUUUUAUCUUUUUAAUUUUAUCCUGUUACUGUCCUCCUUUUAUUAGCUGGUCAUCAUUCAAUAUUCAUCACUUGUUAAGUAUCUAGACUAUACUAGAAAAGGGUCCAUAUUUUUCAGUUUUAUGAAAACGACUCAGUUUAAAAAUGUGUAACUCAUAACUCACAUAUCUAUUUACCGAUACUGAUUUUAAAAAAUUAUAAAUUAAAAUAUACUGACUUUCCCACCAAAAGAGAAUAAUUCAAAUUUUACAGAAAGUAAGCUACCUAACUUCCAGAAAUGAAAUAACAAGUCAUUAUGUAGUAAACAGUAAUUGCUUCAGGUAUCUUAUCUCUCUCAGCUUACUUUUUUGUAAAUCCUUUGGGCCAAGUUCUUUUAGCAUAGUUAUUUAUUAGUUUUAAAUACUGGUACACAUAUAAUAAUAAUAUUAAUACUGGUGAUUUUGAGAUUCAUUACAUUUUUCAGUCCUUGUGACUGGUAAUUUUAAGGUUCUAAUCAUGUUUUUAUCACAACAGUAUAUAUUUCCAUGUCUGAUAAUGUUUUUAUUAUCAAUUCAAGGACUUCAAUUUUUCCCCCUUAAUGUAUUUGUAUAAAAAUAAAUUUGAAUCUUGUAUAAAGCUUUUUUUUUUAAUUGUAUUCUAGAAAACAUUGCAAGAAAAUAAAUGAGAUCACUAAACUAUGGUCCAGUUUUAAAUUGAGAUCAAAGUGGCAUGUGUUGUUAAGUGUGAAAUAUAAAUACUUGUGUUUAGUAAAAACUGAAAAUGUCUGUGUUUAUAUAUCUCCUCUUUUUGCUUUAUUUACGUGAUUUUAAAAAUCUCUUUUUAUUUAGAAUGUAUUUAUAAACAAUAAAUCUCUACUGUUGCUAUGUUUAUUAAUAUUAACAGUUUAGUAUUAUUUAUCUUCUCCACA